AUGACUACUACCUCACAAAACUAUUACCGAUGUCAGCUCCUGCGGGCGGACAUUGCGGGAUUUCUUGCCAGCAUCUUGGAUGGUGCAAGAGUACCUAAUGUUCUUUGGGGUGAACAAGCCGCUGACAUUUUCAAUGACCGGGAACGGAAUGCAUUACAACCGAGGAGUCUUGAGUUCGUCAUUCCUGACGAGGCGCUUGACACAGCCAUUCGAGCCCUUGGCUUCUUUGAAGACCACCAACUCUGCCUCAAUCCAAAUUGCGCGUGGCUACAGGCCCAUCAAGGCACCUCGGUUCCAGAUGCGCAUUUCCACACCCCGUGGCUCAGCAAGAUCCCCGUUCCUACCAUGAAAAUGAACCUCCAGUAUAUUCUGAACGAUCAAGAUGUCAUCGGAAUCGACACAGUGUCCCUAUUCGUCAAGUCCAAAGUCCUCUGGUGGCUACCGGACUUCUCUUUUGUCUCCCCCGAAACAAACAUCCACAUGAUGACCGCAAAAGAAUACCGCCCCUGGUCAGCAGAUUGGCAAGGUAUGUACCCAUUCAAGGUUCUCAAGCCAACGGCAUUCAUAGAGGCUCUGAUAUUUUUACUCUGCCGAGACCAGCCAUACGCCAACAGCGGAUUCAAGUACUGGCAGAAGUUAAUUUACGCCAUGACCGGAAAGUAUUACCGAGAAGAAGCCGAGCGGCCACUCCGUCCUGACUUCCGCUCAUUCUGGUUAGAGCUUAACUGCCUGCCCAGGUGGCUUGAUGAGCCUUGGAAUAUGUUGCCGAGGAUGCGUAAGAAGCUGAUCUUGGCUAAUGAGCUACUACCUGUAGAGUUCAGGUAUAAUGGAAUGCCCUUGUAUCCUACGAGGGAGCUUGUUGCUCUUGAUGAUGUGGAGAAUUGGGGGAAGGUUACUGGGUAUUUCACGGAUCCGUUGACGGCGAUUGAUCAUUAUAUGAAGCAGAUGCUUAUGAGGAGUUUCAUGAGCUAUCGUGGCAAGUGA